UGAUUCUGUUCGUUUGUUUCUCCCAUACGGUAAGCCGAAGAAAACCAGAAAUUCAAGCUAGCUAUGUAUACACACACAGCUAGCGUAACUUGUUUCUAACUGCUAAUUUCCUGUUUUCUAGAUUUUGUUUUAUAAAUGGUUAGGACUAAUAAAUAUAUGGAAGACGCAACCAAUUCAUAUGAUACACGAGUAUUUUGGAAACAGGGUUGCGCAAUACAUGGCGUUUUAUGAAUAUUUCAACAUAAUGCUUAUAAUUCUUGUCCUAUUUAGUUUUGUGACUACGUUUCGACUGUAUUCAAAUCAAGACACUUUUGAAGCACAUUUUACACCAAAAUUAAUGUGCGAGCUAAAUGUUAAAGCGCCUUGUUGCUUUGAGUGCCGAAACCAUACUCUUUGUCCAAGACUGUACAAAGAAGCGUAUUGCCAGAGAUCAAAAUUAGACAAAUUAUUGACAAGAAAGUGACUCUAGACCAUGGAAAAUAUGUCGUGAUUUGGGGAAUAUUCUUUUUAAUACCUUUGAGGUACAGAGAAAGAUAUCUAUCUUGGAUUUGGGAAGUACCUACGAAACAUAUUAGUAAUCUACUCAGACCUCAACGCUAUGAACUGUCAUCGAUUUUAACAAUUGGAAUAAGAAGUGUUGUCAAUUUAUUAACCGCUGCACUUGCAAUCCUUUGGACGUAUUUCCUGGUUCUGCUUUCGUUAGUUAUGUGGCAUUACCCUCGUUGGAAACGUUUACAAGAGACUGACAAAAGACGCAAACUCUACAAAGACCACGAAUACACGUAUAUGGCUGAGAUGGCUUUCGUACAUGCAAUCCUUACAAUCGUUGUUAAGGAGGUUUUCAUAGUACUAGCACUGUUAAUGACGAACUUCGAAAAUUACAAAACAUUUAUUAAACAUGAGAUAUCAAUAUCAAUAAAAUUGUUUUUCUUUUGUUUUAUGAAUUCUUAUACAGUCUUCGUUAUUUUCUCGUAUUUGGGGGUUUUUUUCUUUAAAAAUUAUUGGGAAAGCUUGAAUGAUUACAUGGGUCCCUUUGGGAGGAUGAGCAACAAUUAUUCUUCAUCUUUAGAUGAAAUUUGUCUGUCUGUAGUUGUAAUGACAAUUUUAGAGCAUGUCAUAUUUAGGCUUUUUGAUCUAUUUAAAAGUCAUCAAACGGAUUAUUCAUUUUUUUGUAAAAACGCUCCGUGUUGGGAGAGGGAAUACAAACUUAAACCAAUAACAGAAAACUUUUUUCAUAAAGGAUAUCAUAAACUCCUGAUGCAGUUUGCGCUUCUCACUUGUUAUUCGAUGUUAUUUCCUUUGGCGUCGUUAUGUAUACUUAUAAUAAAUCUUUGGGACUUGAGGCAAACUGCCUACGAGCUGUUAUUAACACACCGACGACCUUUACUAAUAAACAAUUCGGGGCCUGGAUUCUGGAAAAUAUUAUUUUUGAUUACUGCUCAUAUCGCUCCGUACUUUAACAUAACAGUUUUACUAUUUCAAUCAUGGCAUUUUCAUAGAACAUACAUAAGAAUCCGUAAAUUCCUAUACAGAUCCGGUAUUUUUGAAAAAGAAUAUCAAGAAAUGGAGACUUACUUGAGACAGACUACAUGUUUUCAUCCUUAUUUUUGCAAUAAAAAUAUACCAAUACAACAGGAUGAGCUGGGUAUUCGUUACGUAAUAUUGGUAAUGGUAUUGGGGGUGGUGCUCGACUUUUUUCUUCGUUUUAUAAUUCCAGCGACAAGUGAGUCACUGGAGGAGAAAAUUAGAAAGGAAAACCGCAUUAAAGAUAAAUACUUAAUACGCAAAGGAAUCGCUAACUAGUUGAAAUUUUAAAAUGACAGUUUUUGGUUAACUUAUUUUAUACUGAAAUCUGUUUAUUUAUCCGUUGUGUAAAUGAGUUUUAUAAAAAUAUUUUGUGGGAUCAAUUAAAGAUUGAAUCUCAUAUAAGGCUUAA